GCUGAACAUGAUGAUCAAGACCCCUCUACGGGUACCGCGAUAAAAUAUGACAGACUGCAAACAUGUCACUGAAAUGUAAAUAGAAGAAAAUAGGUAAAUCAAGAAAGUAUCGUAAACGCAGUGUUGCUUGAUGCCCAGCACACCUAGUAAUCAUGAGUGACACCAUGGGACGUAACGUCGGUCCAUUGUUCAUGAGGACUUACGGAAGAAGUAAAGUCGUUCGAAAGGUAGACACCUGGCUUACCCCGGACUACAGAAAAAAGGCUUUCUCCAGUACUGAUGGGUCCGAUCCGUCCUUACUCGACGCGAAUGACCGCUCAGUGCAACUGAAGAAAAGGAAAAAGAAAGUCAGGCCUGCUAAGAAGAAGGCGAUGUCAAACUUGAAAGAUGGAGACAGCGAUGUUGAAAAUGUAUUCCUUCCCGAGCCUGUACCCAAAACAACCAAGGUGACGAGCCAGAGAAAGCCACCCCGGCAGCCCGUGAGGAAGGGUCGAGGAAGGGUGCUGCUCAGUAGUAUGAGCGAGAAUGAGCAGCCCACCGCGGUCAUGAGAAGAGGCCAGAAGAAGGCUGCACGCUGCAUCUUCAGCACCAGUGAGAGUGAGGAAGACUCUCUGAUGAAGAAUCCCAGAGUCACCUCAGUGCUCCGAAACAAUAACUCAAGAGCCAAGACAGUAGACAGCUCCGAGAACUCUGCUGCGCCUGAGCCUGGUAAAUAUGUAACUGCUCGGAGAAGAGUCCAAUCAGUUAAACCAAGAGGACCCAGCUCCAAGCCCCCGGUUCGUUGUGCAAGCGUGGCCCUGGACUCCUCCGAUGACUUUGCUCGGGCCGUCCCAGCGCUCCCUCGCGCAGUCACUCGCCGCAAGCGGCUGCCCUUGCGGCCGCCCGUCAACCUGGAGCGCACGUCCUCGGACGUCUCCAUGGGGCCGCCCCCCGCCGCUGCCCGCGCGCCCCUCCCGCGGCGCUCCCUGCUGAGAGAGUCGCUGAACGCGAGCGCCGACGACCCGUCGCUGGCCUGCCACGCCCCGCUCUUCUCCAGCACGCCGUCCGCCGCCCUGGGCAGGCGUCUGCCGCAGCACCUGCAGGACCCCUCGCUCAGCGGCAUCCACUUCAGCACCGAGGACAGCGCCACCGACGCCGAGCCCCCGCCCCGGCAGCCGCAGCAGAAGCGGGCGCGCCGGGGGCUUUCCGCGCACAACCGGCUCCGGGAGACGACGACGACGACGACGACACCGGCCUCGCGCUGGCCUCUGGCGGCCACAGGAGAUGACCGCAGCGGCAGCGUCGUCGCCGAGCCUCAUCACGAGACCGCUGUCCCCGGGAUAACCGGACAACCGGCACCAGCGGAGCAGACCGACCAGUCAGUGGUGGUGAUAGAGGUGGAGGAGGCUGCAGCACCCAGCCCCAUGAAGCCACCCAGCCAGCUGGCAGACUCUCCCGGUGGAGCCCAAGGGGCAGGCGUGGAGUCUGGGCAGGAGGAUCUGCUGGCCAGCCUGGUGCUCUUCUCUCGGAUGGAGGAGGAGGAGAAGGCCCAGGGGGAGGAGGAGGAUGACGACGACGAAGAGCAGGCGGCCAGCGGCUUUGUGACGGCCGAGACGCGCCUGGACUCCCUGGUGGAGGCGCUGAAGGAGCGAUGCCGAACGGUCAGCCCCGUGGUGCGGCUGCCGCGGACCGACCUCCUCCUCCCCCCCUUGCCCACCUCCCUGCUCGCGCUGGACACCAGCAGCCGCAUGCUCAGCGCGGGCGAGACCUUCUCCUCCUGCCUGGACAGCCAGCCCGCAGACCGCACCAGCGCCAGGCGGAGGACGGUGCCCGUCUUCGAGCUCUCCUCCUGCGCAGAGCUGCCCGGCCUCUGUGGCGCAGUCCCUCCGGCUCCACCCGCCAUCCCGUCCCCCAGACAAGCAGAGGACACCGAGGAGCCCGAAGAGGAAGAGGAAAUGGAGGAAGAAGAAGAAGAAGAAGAAGAAGAUGAUGAUGAUGAUGAAGAAGAAGAAGAAAAAGAAGCAGCAGCACAAGUCGUAGGAGAGGUGGACGAAGAGGAGAGCUGCGUAGGGGCGGGCAGGGAGGCGUCCGAGCUGGCGGAGCUGGCGGAGCGUCUGAAGGCCCGCUGCGUGUCCUGCCAGCCCGUCAUCCUGCUGGACUCCCUGCGUCUGUCCCCCUUCCUGCUCCGCCACCACGGCGUCGCCGCCGCCUCCUCCUCCUCCUCCUCCGCUGCUCGGGCACCGGUGCCCACCGGGCAGACUGCGCCCGCGUCCAAGAGCUCCCGCUCGGACAGAGGCGCGCUCCCUGCCCCCACCACCCCCUCCUCCUCCUCCUCCUCCUCCAACGGCUCGGCGGGACUCCACCCGGACGCAGCGGCCUGCGAGGGUCAGCCCGAGCGCCGCCGUCUCAACAAGCGCAGGCUGUCCGACAGCUUUCGCACGGUCGGCGAUGGCAGCGGUGGCAGCGGUGGCAGCGGUGGUGCCAGUGGUGGUGCCAGUGGGUCGGGCUCCUCUCCUGAUCAGACGGUGCUGGCGAACAGGAGCAAGGUGCCCGCCGGGCGAGUGGGCACGGGGAGGAAGGCCUGCGUCAGCGGACUCAGCGCCAACCGCUGGACCAAGCGGGACACCAACUUGGCACGCGCCCAGCACAACGCACACGACUCGCUGGACUUUGGCCCGGCAUCCGUCGUUAAACCUAGCAAGGAGGUCUUGUCCUGUUGGUCGGCGCUGCCGGUCACCCCGGCGCGUGCGGAGCAGCUCAACAUCUCGUCCAUCCUGGCCGGCCUCUCCCCAGACGCGUCCCUCUCCACACACAUGUGGAGCCGGCUCAAAGCUGCCCUCUCCGUCCACAAGAAGAAAACCGCAAUCGCUACCCCCCGCCGUCUUGGCCUGUCCAGUAUGCAGUCUCCUGCAGUGCAGCGGCUGAAUGCCAGUCAGGACAUGUUUGCCUCUCCGCCCCUCUGUUCCCUGACCCGCCUGUCCCAGCGCUCACUGCACUGCCCUCAGCUCUCGGCGGCGGAGGACAUCAGCGACGCGGAGAAGGUGUACCAGGAGUGCCAGCAGGAGGGGCCGCUGGCGUUCGACCAGUGCAUCCCGCCCGCCCGCAUGAAGCUCUGCCGCAAGAUUGGCGAGGGCACCUUCGGCGAGGUGUUCUCCACCACCAACUCCGCCGGCCAACCGGUGGCGCUCAAGAUUAUUCCUGUGGAAGGCAAGCAGAAAGUCAAUGGAGAGGACCAGAAGAGUUUUGGAGAAAUCCUCCAUGAAAUUAUCAUCUCCAAGGAGCUGAGCAGCUUGGAUGAGAAGGAGGAAAACCGAUCAGGCGGUUUCAUCGGCCUGCACGAUUUGCACUGUGUCCAGGGCCCCUAUCCCAAGCAGCUGCUGAGCGCCUGGGACAAGUUCGACAAGAAGCGUGGCUCCGAGAACGACCGACCAGAUUUCUUUGGUGAGGAGCAGUUCUUCCUGAUUCUGGAGUUUGAGUUUGGUGGCAGCGACCUUGAGAACAUGAACGGCAAGCUGUCCUCUCUGGCUCAGGCGAAGAGCAUCCUACAGCAAGUGACAGCUGCGCUGGCCGUGGCUGAACAGGCCUUGUGUUUUGAGCACAGGGACCUGCACUGGGGCAACGUCCUGGUCAAGACCACCAAGCAGAAGGAGUGUGACUACGUCCUGAGUGGCCAAACCCACUCCCUGGAGACCAGAGGAGUGCAGGUCAACAUCAUCGACUACUCCCUGUCUCGACUGGAGAUAGAUGGUUUGACAGUAUCCUGUGACAUCUCCGCUGAUGAAGAGCUGUUCAUGGGCCAGGGAGAUUACCAGUUCGACAUCUACCGCAAAAUGCGCGAAGAGAACCGUAAUAACUGGAGUGAGUACCACCCCCACACUAAUGUGCUGUGGCUGCACUAUCUGACGGACAAGCUGCUGGGGAUGAAGUACAAGAGCAGUGCCCAGGGGGCCCAGGCGAGGGCGCUCAAGAGCAGCCUGCGCGCCUUCCACCAGGACCUGCCGGCCUUCCAGUCGGCCGCCGACGUACUCCAGCGCAGCAGCCUGUUUCCCUGAGAAGCCGCCGGGGCGCCUGGACUGUUUCAGGAGGACAUAGACUGUGUGCUACACACGCAGACACACACACACACAGGCAGACACACACAUACACACACAGUUUCUGUGUGUGUGUGUGUGCUGCUGCUAGAUGCAUUUUGUUGUCAGUUAUAGAGGGUUUUCCAGGACUUCCUGAGGCUGUACAGAAGCAUACUGGAUACUAACAUUUUUAAAUAAACCCAUUUUGAUGAGA